AUGACGCCAACGAAGGAAGCUCUUCUCCUGAUCCAGAAAAUGGUGAAGAUCCCGCCACUGAAAGCCUUAUCAAUCUUCAACACCUCAACUCUCCAAGGCUUCCACCACACCCACCACUCCAUCUCCUCCAUUCUCCACACUCUCAUCUCCUCCAAUCUCCCAACCCACGCCCUCCUCCUUCUCCAACUCCUAUCCUCUCGAAUCUCAUCCCCAUUCUUCACUCCCUCGUCCCUCCUCCACGACUUAACCCAACCCAACCCAACUCGACCCCACUCCCCACCUCUACUCUUCUCCACGAAGCAAUCAAUCAACGCCCAUGUUCAGUCCCAGCUCCCAGAGCAAGCCCUUUACUUUUUAAACAAAAUGGUCAUACAAGGCCUCGUUCCCAAAUCGAACACUUUCAACAACAUACUGGGAUUCCUUGUCAAGGAUAGAGAUUUUGACAAGUCGUGGCGGGUGUUCAAUGAGUUUAAGGGGAAGGUGGGAUUGGAUUUGUAUAGCUUUGGGAUUGUGAAGAGUUGCUGCGAGUGUGGUGAGUUGGAUAGAGGUUUUGGGGUUUUGGAUGAGAUGGAGGAAAUGGGGCGGUCUCCGAAUGUGGUGAUAUACACUACAUUGAUUGACGGGUGUUGCAAGAAUGGUGAGUUGGAGAGGGCGAAGAAGAUGUUUUGUAAAAUGGGGGAGGUUGGGUUGGUGGCGAAUCAGUAUACAUAUACUGUGUUGAUUGAUGGGCUUUUUAAGAGAGGAAGGAAUAGAGAAGGGUUUGAGUUGUAUGAGAAGAUGAAGAGUAAUGGGGUUGUUCCUAAUACGCGGACUUAUAGUUGUUUGAUUAGUGGGUAUUGUAAGGAUGGGAAAAUGAGUGGUGCGUUGGAGAUGUUUGAUGAAAUGCGUGAGAGGGGAAUGGCCUGCAAUGUGGUGACGUACAAUAUUUUGAUUGGCGGUUGUCGAGAGAUGAGGGUGUGGGAAGCUGAGAGGUUUGUGAAUGAGAUGAAGACGGAUGGGAUUUGUCCAAGUGUGGUUACUUUUAAUACUCUGAUUGAUGGGUUUUGUGGUCUUGGGAAGUUGGACAAGGCAAUGAGUUUGUUUGAUCAGUUGAAGUCGAGCGGGCAGUCUCCGUCUCUUGUGACUUAUAAUGUGCUGAUUCAAGGCUUUGCUAAAGCUCGAAACUCUGCUGGAGUUACUGAUUUGGUGAGAGAGAUGGAGAGCAGGGGGAUGGCUCCUUCUAAAGUGACGUAUACGAUUGUAAUUGAUGCCCUGGUUCGAUCUGAUGACAUGGAAAGGGCGUUUCAUGUGUUCUCCUCCAUGAAGAACUCUGGACUGGUGCCUGAUGUCUACACCUUUGGGGUCUUAAUACAUGGAUUAUGCAUGAAAGGUAAUAUGAUUGAAGCAUCGAAGUUGUUACAGUCGAUGAACGAUUCACAUUUGGAGCCAAGUGAUGUCAUAUUUAAUAUAAUGAUCCAUGGCUACUUCAAAGAGGGUAGCUCUUACAGGGCCCUGAGGUUGCUCAAAGAAAUGAGAAAGAGAGGAAUGGUUCCGAAUGUGGCUAGUUACAGUUCGACCAUUGGAGUUCUUUGUACUGAUGGGAAAUGGGAAGAGGCUGAUAUACUAGUUAAAGACAUGAUGGAGUCAGAUUUGAGACCAUCAGUUUCCUUGUACAAUAUAAUUUCUAGAGCGAAAAAUGAUACAGUGAAGAUGUUAUCAGCCUAGACCUAUGAUCUUGUCCAUGCAGCAUAAAUGCGGUGGAAAGAAAGUUACUAUUUCCACUUGUUGAUCGAUCAAGAGCACUAGCUGGACAUGCUUCAUUUCAUAAACUUGAUGAGCACCCCAAAAACUUCCCUGCGCAAGGGUUUUCAGGAGUGGAUGUGUUGGCGACAACCAUCGAUCAAAGAGACAUGAAUUGUUAAAGACAACAGCUGAAAAAGAAUCAGUUAUAGCUUUACAUGAGCCAUGAGGAUGAGGUUGUUCGUGGUUCUUGUGAUAUAUGGAUUCUUAGAUUUGAAUCAUUCGAUACCAUGAGCCAGAUUGUAAAGUCACUUAAUCAGAGAUGGGCGCAUAUAUUUUUCCAGCUUAACGGUUCAAUUAUAGCCCUAGCUUUCAUUGGAUUUUCUGUCAUGAAUUUGAAACUUCUCUCUGGCUACUGCAACUGGAACGAGCAGCUCCAAGUCUCCGACAACAACAUAACUCCAUUGAUCAAGCUCCCAAUUCUGACCAAGUUGUUGCCACGGCAAAAACAAAGUCUGGAUGUAGGCAUGUAGCUCGAGUCUUCCCUUAUGCAAGAGAAAGCUGCAGUUUCUACCCAAGUGUGUUUGGAGAUGUUUCUGCCCCAUUUUGUCGUGAAGAAUAGUUCAUUCUUGAUGCAGAG